AUGGCUUCGACUGCGCCUGCAAAGGACGUCGAAGAUCUGAGGAACGCUCUUGGUGACGCGAAAGCGUUCAAGGCUUUCGACUUAGGGCCUUCGUCAUUACGUGAAAAGGUCCUAGUUACCGCGUCUGAGGCCGAGCAUGUAUACGAGCCAGACUAUUUCGGGCCCGGCCAUGAUAAGGCCGUGUCGCAGUAUACAGCUGCUCUUGGGAAGUCCUGCCGUGACGACCCUGUCUUGUCCAUCAUGUUUUGCGGCAUCGGUGAUGCUCGACAUCUGUUCCGAACUGUAAUGAGCUUCUUUGCGAGCGGCAACCGGACGCAGAAGGCGCACUUUACAAUACUGGAUCACAAACCAGUCGUCAUGGCUCGGAUACUGGUCUUCUUUGCUCUAUUGGACGAAGCUGCGACCAGUAAAUCAUCGAAAGAAGAGAGCUUGUUGACCGUGGCCUACCUCUUCUGCGCUCACAUCGUGCUCCCCUUCGUCCAGAAGAAGCUCCAGGAGACGAUCAACCGACUUGAGCUUCACCUGGAGAAGAAUGAUCUUCCUUUCAAGUGGGCAGACUUGUCCGUUUCGCAGAUUGCCAGUGUACUUCGUGUUCUCAGAAGUUGGGGCCAGGCAUCCCCAAAAUCAUACGAGACCGACCGAGUGCGCAGCUUCAUAGCGGAACACAUUGCAAAGGCAAUUCCGCCAGGUAUGAUGGAUGACGAGAAGUGGCCCUAUCUACCCGAAUGCGAAGCAGAUCACCGCGUCUUUGAUGACUUCUCCGUCAUCCUGGCCCCCACGGCUACUCUCGAGAGGUACGAGCCCGAGCUCGCGGCGCUGGUGAGAGAGCAUCAAACUGGGGGCAAGGGAGCUCAGCUCCGCAUCGACGAGUAUCUAGACAAGCAUUGGAAACUGAACGCCACACUCAUAGACGCUGAUUGGGAAGCGAAUAAGGAGAAUACAGACGAAAUACCCGACAUGGGCUUCGACCCAUUCCAUCUCGUCGAGGCCCUGACGGGAAUGUCUUUCAAAAAGCCUAAAGCUGGUGCUGGUUCCGGCAGUGCCAUGGAACGCGUGCGCCUUUUCUUCGAGCGAGUUGGUGAUUCGAUCGGCAAGCUUCAAGGGAGGUUAAGUAUAGAAAUGAUGGUUGGAGAUAUGGCCGAUGUACUAGAACGCAUCCGCUACGGCCACCUCGAUCGUUCAACUGGAAGCAUGCAUGAUGGAAGCACAUCGAUGGACCCAGGCUGGCCAUCGAAGUAUCAUGGCAUCCACAUGAGCAAUAUACCGCGAGGACUACGUCGGAGGACCUUGACCAACUUCUUGUAUGCUGCGCCAAUCCUAAAGGAGGGAGCCGGAUCGGGACUGGUCUCGUGGGUUUUGCGGAAUCCCCCUCAAUGGAAAAGCAUCGAUCAGUUCAACGCAGAGUACCUGUUGAUGUAUGAUCGUAAUCUACUCCGGAAGCACUUCUCGGUCAAGCUAUCGAAUCUUACGCCAGAGCCUGGGCCAUCUCUUUUCCCGAUGCAAUUCGACCUACCACUAACGUCGUACAAGAUGUGGGAGAGAUGUCGUGAUUCAGGCCUCGCCCUUGACGAGCUGAUGCCGCAAGCACUGCCCCCGCCAGACAUGGUAUCCGAAUACUCAAUCACGUUCCCGCCCUUCCAGGCUCCCGACCUCAACUACCCGCACUUCAUGAUGGUCUUCUGGCACCAGCGAAAGUACGCAGAGGCGCCACGCAACCUCCGCCGGCUCCUGCUCGACGACGAGAACGGCGACACGACAUCUUCUGCGCGUAUGUUUAGAUCGGACGGGGUUAGGGUCCUGACGACGUUCAAGUGGGUCAGGAAGACGAACACGGCGACAUUUUGGUUGGGGAGCGAUGUGGUGGAUGGGAUGACUGCUGAUGACUGGACGGUUUAUAUCUGGAGGGUUGAUUCGUGGAUGAGACUCACACCGGACCUGCCGCUCCGGGGCGCUGUGGUGAGAAAUAAGAGUUGGGCUGAGUGGGUGGCUUCGGGUUGA